AUGGCCGGGAGUGCGAGGUCGUCGGCGGCCGCGAAGCACGCGUACCUGAUGUUCGCGCCGUCCAGGGGCAGCGCCGCGACGACGAGGGGGCCCGGCGCCGGAACCGCGGAGGAGUUCGACGAGUCGGACGUCGUCUGGGGCUCGUUCGGCGGCGGCGCGGACUCCCACUCCAGUCCCGGGGCCGAGCUGCAGGCCGCGGCCGGCUGGGCGCGCCCGGUCCCCACCUCCCGCGCGGGGGCCGGGCGGAAGAAGCCCGCAGUGGACGGCGGCGGCGCGGCGGGGUCGCUGCCGAUGAACAUACCGGACUGGCAGAAGAUACUCGGGGUCGAGUACCGGGACCACUACCACGCGGGCGAGUGGGAGCCCGACGCGGACGACGACGACGGCAGCUACGGCGGCAGGGCGCGCGGCGGCGGCGGCGGGCGGAGAUGGUGCCGCCGCACGAGCUGGCGUGGCGCAGCCGGGCGGCGUCGAUGUCGGUGCACGAGGGGAUCGGCAGGACGCUCAAGGGCCGCGACCUCAGCCGGGUCCGGGACGCCGUCUGGAAGAAGACCGGCUUCGAGGCGGACUGAGCUGAUCGGUGAUCCACCGCCGCCUCGCGCGUUCGGCGGGAGAUGA